AUGUGUCAGCAGGAAAUCGCAGCCAAUGGCUGGACAAGCACGCCGGCUAAUGCCGGCACCAUCUUUGGUGAUCAACCUUUCAUCAAUGAGCCGGAAUUUCUCGAUCUCAAUGACAUCCAAUUCCCAUUUGAUGACCCCACGGUUGCAAAGACUCUCAAGUACGCAAAGGGAACCUUGCAUCAUGAAACCUUCAACCAUUCGAUGAGGGUCUACUUCUACGGAAUGUCCAUCACCAAGCAGCAGUUCCCCAAGCAGGCCGCCACUCUCAAUCCGGUAACUUGGGCUUUGACAUGCCUGUUGCACGAUCUCGGCACGGCCGAAGAAAACUUGACGGCGACUCGGAUGUCUUUCGAUAUCUACGGAGGCAUUAAAGCCCUCUCUGUUCUCAAAGACUUUGGCGCCUCGACAGAUCAGGCCGAGGCCGUUGCUGAGGCUAUCAUCCGCCAUCAGGAUAUGGGAGUGGAUGGGACGCUUACAUUCAUCGGUCAACUGAUCCAGCUGGCCACGACUUACGACAACACUGGCAUUCAUCCCCACGUUAAGGACUUUGGCAAGAUGAUUCACGAAACCACGCGCGCUCAGAUCAAUGAGGCUUAUCCCCGUUUGAAGUGGUCUACAUUCUUCGCUGGGGUUAUUCGCAAGGAAGAGAAGAUCAAACCCUGGUGUCAUUCGACCCAUCUGGUCAACUUUGACAAUGAGAUCGAGGGCAAUACCCUCAUGAAGCAGUGGGAGUGA